CGGCCCCGGCUUCCUGGCUGUCAAACUGCAGUGCGAGCGCGUAGCCCAGCUGAGGAGCCCGAGGACCUGCGGCCGCCGCUCGGACUGGCGUCGCCUGGAGAGGAGCCCGCUCCAAGACUGCGCCGCGCGGGUCGGAGGCUCCCGGGAUGUCUGGCGGCCCGAGGAUCCAGCUCCACUGAGUGGCGGGAGGACGCGUUCCGGGUUUGCCCCUUGCACCCUGUCCUCCCUGAUUUUUUUUUUCCCUUGCACAUCUGCUUCGCCUCAGCUGCCUGCACUCCUCCGGGUUUGCACUGCCCAAGUAGCGCUCCAGGUUGAAACUGCACACAGCCAGCUCACGUCUGCACCAGACUGAGAAGUGAGAUCGAGCCCCGGCCCAGGCAAUGGAAGAGCCGAUGGACUCCUGAAGUGCAGCAGGUGGUGCAGAGGGGCGCCCGCCCAUGCUGCCCUGCUUCCAGCUGCUGCGCAUAGGGGGCGGCAGAGGCGGCGAUCUCUACACCUUCCACCCCCCCACCGGGGCUGGCUGCACCUACCGCCUGGGCCGCAGGGCUGACCUCUGUGAUGUGGCCCUGUGGCCCCAGCAGGAGCCUGGCCUCAUCUCUGGGGUGCACGCGGAGCUGCACGCUGAGCGCCGGGGAGAAGACUGGAGAGUCAGCUUGGAGGACCACAGCAGCCAUGGGACUUUGGUCAAUAAUGUCCGCCUCCCCAGAGGUCACAGGCUGGAGUUGAAUGAUGGUGACCUCCUGACCUUUGGCCCUGAAGGGGCCCCUGGAACCAGCCCUUCAGAGUUCUACUUCAUGUUCCAACAAGUCCGGGUCAAACCUCAGGACUUCGCUGCCAUCACCAUCCCCAGGUCUAGGGGUGAAGCCGGGGCUGGGGCUGGGGCUGGCUUCCGGCCCAUGCUGCCCUCGCAGGGGGCCCCGCAGCGGCCCCUCAGCACCCUCUCCCCUGCCCCCAAGGCCACGCUCAUCCUCAACUCCAUCGGGAGCCUCAGCAAGCUCCGGCCGCAGCCCCUCACCUUCUCCCGGAGCGGGAGUGGGCCACAGAGCCGGCCGCUUCCCACCCCACCUGGGGAACCGGGGACCACCCCUUCCGCACCACCCCCAAGAAACCGGAGGAAAUCAGCUCACCGGGUGUUGGCAGAACUGGACGACGAGGAGGCUCCUCAGGGGCCCCUACCAGUGCUCCUGCAGCCCAGGAAGAAACUCCGCGUGGAGAAAGCCCCGCUGACACCCAGUGGAAAUCGCCGCGGCCGUCCCCGGAAGCACCCCAUGGCUGCCUCCACAGCGCCCCCUGCUGGUGGGAGCAGGGAGCCCUGUGCAGCCCCUUGUUGCAGCCUACCCCAAGAAGACACAGUGGCCUGGGUUCAGUGUGAUGGUUGUGAUGUCUGGUUCCACGUGGCCUGUGUCGGCUGCAGCAUCCAAGCUGCCAUGGAGGCAGACUUCCGGUGCCCAAGGUGCUGUGUUGGCAUCCAGACCUGAGGACCAAGGCACUAGAGGACACGGCACUGGCACCCCCAGGCCAGGGGUGGACACAGUAGAGUUCGGAUAGCUUCUCUUUGCCCCUCAGCAUGGGGUAACUAGAGAGGGGUCCAUUGCUGUGGGUGCUGAUGCAGUGCCUAGAACAGGGCCUCAUGGCCAAGGCCACAGAAGACAUGGCUUCCUGUCAGAGCUGCCUCCAGGAAGUUGCCAGUGACCUGGGAAUUCCUGCUAUUACAAGGCGUACAGCCCCACUGCUGUGGACACCAAAGUAUGGUCAGAGUACCACCAACUGCAGAAGCCAGGCCUGGGAAGAUGCGAGGGGGCAGGGAAGGUUCUUCACGUUCUUGAAUGGUGAUGCCAAGAGCAUCCUGGGAAAACCUAGGGCAGCCACCUUGCACUGUGUCUGGUCCUGCUGCCACCACCAUCAUAGCCACCUGGCUUUGCAAAGCUUUGCUUCUAUUUCCAAAUAAAGAACAGCUCCAUUCUGGCAGUUACUCUUGUGGGUCUCCU